CCCAGCUGUGCCUGCCACCUCUGGCCGCUGCACGCCACCCCUCUAGCCCGCCCGCCCGCUUCCUCAGAGGCCCCGACCGCUGUGGGCAGGCUUUGCUACAGAUUGGGAUCAACAUGAUGGCACUGCCUGGAGGCCGCCACCUGGACUCCAUCCCCCUGCCGGGUCAGCGGCUGCACCUGAUGCAGGUGGACUCAGUGCAGCGCUGGAUGGAGGACCUGAAGCUAAUGACGGAGUGCGAGUGCAUGUGUGUCCUGCAGGCGAAGCCCAUCAGCCUGGAGGAGGAUGCCCAAGGUGACCUCAUCCUGGCUGGUGGCCCUGGCCCUGGAGACCCCUUGCAGCUGCUGCUCAAGCGGGGCUGGGUCAUCAGCACCGAGCUGCGCAGGAUUGGGCAGAAGCUGGCCCAGGACCGCUGGGCACGCGUCCAUAGCAUGAGCGUACGUCUGACUUGCCACGCCCGCUCCAUGGUCAGCGAGUACACUGCUGUCAGCAGGAGCUCCUCACAAGAGAUGGGCCAGGUUGAGAAGCUGCUAAUGGAGAAAUGCUCAGAGCUCUCAGCAGUCACGGAGAGGUGCCUCCAGGUUGAGAAUGAGCACGUCCUGAAGUCAAUGAAGGCCUGUGUGAGUGAGACGCUGAGCACACUGGGCCAGCACUUUGGCCAGCUGCUGGAGCUGGCCCUGACUCGGGAGGUGCAGGCACUAGUGAGAAAAAUUGAUGCCUCUGACAAUAUCUAUACCACGGAAUCCACCACAGGCAACCUGUUCAGCCUGACCCAGGAGGGGGCUCCCCUGUGCCGCAUCAUAGCCAAGGAGGGUGGGGUCGUAGCACUCUUCAAGGUCUGCCGGCAGGACAGUUUCCGGUGUUUGUACCCGCAGGCGCUCCGCACACUGGCCUCCAUCUGCUGUGUGGAGGAGGGUGUCCAUCAGCUGGAGAAGGUGGAUGGUGUUCUGUGCUUGGCCGACAUCCUGACGGACAACAGCCAUUCAGAGGCCACACGGGCUGAAGCUGCAGCCGUGGUCGCCCAGGUCACCUCCCCACACCUGCCCUUCACUCAGCACCUCAGCAGCUUCCUGGAGAGCAUGGAGGAGAUCGUGACAGCUCUCGUCAAACUGUGCCAAGAGGCCUCGUCUGGGGAAGUCUUCCUGUUGGCCUCUGCGGCUCUUGCCAACAUCACCUUCUUUGACACAAUGGCCUGUGAGAUGCUUCUGCAGCUGAAUGCCAUCCGUGUCCUCCUGGAAGCCUGCAGCGACAAGCAGAGAGUGGACACGCCUUAUACUCGGGACCAGAUUGUGACCAUCUUGGCCAACAUGUCUGUCCUAGAGCAGUGUGCCUCUGACAUCAUUCAGGAGAAUGGGGUCCAGCUUAUCAUGGGCAUGCUGUCUGAGAAGCCAAGGUCUGGGACCCCUGCUGAGGUGGCAGCCUGUGAGCGAGUCCAGCAGAAGGCGGCAGUGACCUUGGCCCGUCUCAGCCGAGACCCAGAUGUAGCACGGGAGGCCGUGCGGCUGAGCUGCAUGUCCCGUCUCAUUGAGCUCUGCCGAUCGCCCUCCGAGAGGAACAGCAGUGACGCGGUGCUCGUGGCCUGCCUGGCUGCUCUGCGUAGAUUGGCUGGGGUCUGCCCUGAAGGCCUCCAGGACUCUGACUUCCAGCAGCUGGUCCAGCCCCGGCUGGUGGACUCUUUCUUACUUUGCAGCAACAUGGAGGAGAGUUUUGUGUAGCUAGAGAAAGAGAGAAAAGGCGUUCGGCCCCAUUCUCAUGUCCCCUCUGAGUACACACCUGUGAACACACGUGACUACACACCAGCCCCCUCACCUCCUUAUUUAUACUUAAUUUAUUUUUUACAUGGAAUGGACAGAGGGCUAAAUAUUCUAGCAACAUCAUUAGACAGUCUGUGUUCCUUGGGAGUAUUUUUU